AUGUGGAACGCGACGCCGAGCGAGGAGCCGGGGCCCAACCUCACGCUGCCGGACCUGGGCUGGGACGCUGCCCCUGACAACGACUCGCUGGUCGAUGAGCUGCUGCCGCUCUUCCCCGCGCCGCUGCUGGCGGGCGUCACAGCCACCUGCGUGGCGCUCUUCGUGGUGGGCAUCGCGGGCAACCUGCUCACCAUGCUGGUGGUGUCGCGCUUCCGCGAGCUGCGUACCACCACCAACCUCUACCUGUCCAGCAUGGCCUUCUCCGACCUACUCAUCUUCCUCUGCAUGCCCCUCGACCUCGUCCGCCUCUGGCAUUACCGGCCCUGGAACUUGGGUGACCUGCUCUGCAAACUCUUCCAGUUCGUCAGCGAGAGCUGCACCUACGCCACGGUGCUCACCAUCACCGCGCUGAGCGUCGAACGCUACUUCGCCAUCUGCUUCCCGCUGCGGGCCAAGGUGGUGGUCACCAAGGGCCGGGUGAAGCUGGUCAUCCUGGUCAUCUGGGCCGUGGCCUUCUGCAGCGCCGGGCCCAUCUUCGUGCUGGUCGGGGUGGAGCAUGAGAACGGCACCGACCCUCGGGACACCAACGAGUGCCGCGCCACAGAGUUCGCGGUGCGCUCGGGACUGCUCACCGUCAUGGUGUGGGUGUCCAGCGUCUUCUUCUUCCUCCCUGUUUUCUGCCUCACUGUGCUCUACAGCCUCAUCAGCAGGAAGCUGUGGAGGAGGAGACGCGGCGAGGCAGCGGUGGGCGCCUCGCUCAGGGACCAGAACCACAAACAAACCGUGAAGAUGCUGGCUGUAGUGGUUUUUGCUUUCAUCCUCUGCUGGCUGCCCUUCCAUGUAGGGCGAUAUUUAUUUUCCAAAUCCUUCGAGCCUGGUUCCUUGGAGAUUGCUCAGAUCAGCCAAUACUGCAACCUCGUCUCCUUCGUCCUCUUCUACCUCAGUGCCGCCAUCAACCCCAUUCUGUACAACAUCAUGUCCAAGAAGUACCGGGUGGCAGUGUUCAAACUUCUGGGAUUUGAACCCUUCUCCCAGAGGAAGCUCUCCACUCUGAAGGAUGAAAGUUCUAGGGCCUGGACAGAAUCUAGUAUUAAUACAUGA